CCAGCUGUUUUGGCGGCAACGAGUUUUGGCCGCAGGAAAAUAAUGUUUAUUUAAAUAAAACGCAGUUUGAAGAUCGGCACAAGAAUGACCCAAGAAAGCGCGGUGCACGAGGCGCUGAGCAGGCACUUUGGCCACUCGAAAUUCAAAUCGGAGCUGCAGGAGAAGGCAGUGAAGUGCGCCAUCAAAAAAAAGCAGGAUGUGUAUGUUUCGAUGCCCACGGGCUCGGGCAAAUCCCUGUGCUUCCAGUUGCCCGGCUUGAUGUCCGAGAACCAAAUAACCAUCGUUUUUUCACCCCUUUUGGCCUUGAUCAAGGAUCAGAUCGAUCAUUUGACCAAACUAAAGGUGCCUGCGGACUCACUCAACUCGAAGAUGAGCACCAAGGAAAGGGAACGUGUCAUAAUGGACCUGCGAGCCGUGAAGACAAACCUGAGGUUUCUGUACAUCACCCCGGAACAGGCGGCCACAAAGUUUUUCCAGGAACUGCUGCAAACCCUGCAUAAACACAAAAAACUGGCCUACUUUGCGGUGGAUGAGGCUCACUGUGUCAGCCAAUGGGGUCAUGACUUCAGGCCGGACUACCUUAAGCUGGGGGAGCUGCGUUCCAAGUAUUCGGACAUCACCUGGCUGGCCCUGACGGCCACAGCCUCCAGGGAGGUCAAGGAGGAUAUAUACCAGCAGUUGCGUCUCCACCAGCCUGUUGCUCAAUUCAGCACUCCCAGCUUUAGGAAGAACCUCUUCUACGACAUUGUGUACAAGAACUCCAUUGAGGAUGACUUUCAGCACCUGGCUGACUUUGCCAGACAUUGUUUGGGCGAUCCCAAGGAGUUCAAGGAGCAACCCAAGGCUCAGAGAGGCUGUGGAAUCGUUUACUGCCGAACUCGCGACCAAGUGGAACGAAUGGCCAUUGGAGUUAGCAAACAGGGAAUCGGAGCAGUGGCCUAUCAUGCUGGUCUGAAGACAGGGGAACGCACCGAAGUGCAAGAGGCCUGGAUGCGGGGCGAUCAGCCUAUUAUAUGCGCCACCAACAGCUUUGGAAUGGGUGUAGACAAGCCGAGUGUGCGAUUCGUGAUUCACUGGGAUGUACCCCAAAAUGUGGCCGCCUACUAUCAGGAAUCUGGUCGCGCUGGACGCGAUGGCUUGCAGUCCUACUGUAGGUUAUACUACGGUCGUGAAGAUGUACGGAGUAUACGUUUCUUGCUCCAGAACGAUGCCAACAGAGCUAGGGGUCGUGGUGAUAAGGAGCUGCUCACAGAGAGGGCUAUAAAACAGUUUGAAAAGAUCACAGAGUUUUGCGAGCGGACUACCUGCAGGCACAAACUUUUUUCGGACUUCUUUGGGGAUCCUGCUCCAGAUUGCAAUGGUCAGUGUGAUGUCUGCAAGCGACCUAAGAAAGCGGAGCAGGCGCUGGAGAUGUUCCAUCGAUUGUGUAUGGAUGAUACGUUUAAGUCGCACAUUUCGCUGCAGGAUUGCGCAGAUUUGUAUGAAGGUGGGCGUCCUGGAAUCAAACGUGCUGCCCAGGAGUACGCAGCUGGAGAAUCCGGUUCAGAUGGCGAUUCCGGCGAGAGUCACUCCUCAAUGGCAAAGAAAGCCAAACGGGAAUCUGAAGAUUUUAUAAAGCAACAGUUCAAGCUAAGAAAACAAAUCAGCGCAGCUCGGCAGUUGGAACAAGAAACUGCCGCCCAAAUCUCUCGCAUUCGACAGGCGGAAGCCACUGAAAAGAAAAUUGCCGGGCUUCAGUCCACGCAUCGGGAGAAAUAUCUCACAGCCAUUAUUGAUGCACUGAAAGCCAAUGUAGACAAGUGCAAAGAGGACCCAGAGCAGCAGCCAAAAAGUGUACUAAAAUAUAAUGACUAUGAAGCGAUAGCAGUGGAUAUGGAAUAUGACGUGUUUCGCCAGAACAAGGUGGCGAAUAUGUACCGACAUACCUUAGUGAAAGAGAUUUCCAUAAUUAAGCAACUGACAGGGAAGGGGCAAUUGAUGCCCCUACUAAUGGACUAUAUUCCCAAGCCGGAAACGAGUUCCAAAGGCGUCUGGACGGGAGGAAGUGUGGCUUAUUUUGAACGGAAGCUUAAGGAACUGGAAGAACAGAGACCGCAAAGUUUGAAGGAGGUUCCAAAAGCAUUGAAAGAAAGAAAGGGAUUCAAACAGGAAAACAGCAAGCAGACGUCGAUUUCCUCCUUUUUCAAAAAAGAAAUUAAAGAAGAACCAUCGGAAUCGUCCAAUGAUGGGGAAGGUGUAACUAUAAAAAAAGAACCAGAAGAAGUUCAGAUGGAAAUAGAAGAGAAUAAAACUGAGAAAGUUUCUACCAAGCAUGUUAAGGACGAGCCCAUGGAUGAGGAAAGUACUGAUCCUGAACUGGAACUUCAGCCGGGCAGCAUAAUUGGCGAACGGAAAUUCAAAUUGAUGUCCAACGGCGAUGGCAGUUAUGACACGCAUCGCAGAAAAAGAGUUUCGCAUCAAAAUCAAGCCAAAGAAAAGGAAUCAAAAAAGACAUCGUCAAGCAUGCAGCAUCUUUUUGGUUCUUUUAAGAGCGAAUCUGAAGAGGAGUUGGAGCAACCAUCGGUUGCUUUCAGAUUAGGCAGCAUAACAGAAGAAAUAGGUCUUAAGGAUGAUGAGAAGCAAAAGUCCGAAAAUAAGUCCGAAUCUAUUGGCUUCAUUUCAGCUAGAGAAAUGUUGGAGAGAAACAAAGUUAAGAAUGAGGAAAAGAGGGAAAAAUCAAAUAACAAACAUGAAACACUAGGUUUUAUUUCAGCCAGAGAAAUGUUGGAAAUGAACAAACUUAAAGAAAAGGGUUUAGACAAAAGAGAUGUUAAGGAAAAUAAGUUAGAAAAUAAGGAGGCAAGGAAAGACGAUAAAAUUGAAGCUCAGAAAAAAGCUGACACUGAAAGAAAAUCUCACAAGGAAAAGCCAAAAGAGGCAAAAUCGGACGUCAGGGACUUGAAAUCUUGUGGGGGACAGCCCAAAGAAUCAGUAAAGCAUUCAAAAGAUAUAGCAUCCCGUAGAAAAGACCCUAAGGAAGCAUCAUCAGACUUGAAAAGAGAAAAGGGGCCAACCACUGUAGACUCUUUACCACAGAAGAGAGAUUCUCGGGAAUCCGACUCGAAGAGAAGUUCGCAAAAGGACGCCAAGCCAGAAAAGCUACAGCAAAAGAACGAUGUCAGCAAAAAUGUGGUGCAGUGGCUCAAUCCCUACUAUAAACGAAAAAUAGCCACCAAAGAACUAUUCAAAGCCCUGGCAAAAUUGCUUACUCAGCGCAUUUGCGAUGGAAGUUUGGGUGAUGGCGAUGCUGGCAAGUGCUACAUCAAGGAGACCUUCCAUGGUCUGCAGAUGAUCAAUAACGACCAGGACAUUGAGAAAUAUUUCAUCAAGUCCAAGUGACUCCAAAAAGCUUUAUCCGCCAGCCGCAUGAUUUCAUCACAACGAAUUGUUUCGCCUUGUUAACAGUUAAAGAAUCUUUUUUUCGUUAAUGUUUCGACUUGUACAUAAUAAGACCCUAAAUUAUCAACAAUACAUUAAAAUUACAAUAUUUUUUUUA